AUGCCCCCUGCAAAAAAGAGGGUACCAUGGGCUGAUGAUGUGUGGACUGGCUGGCUCAGCCCAUUGCACACAGGAGGCCUGCAAACCAGGCUCGACAAAGAUGUCUGCUCGGAACUGCAGUGGCGUCUCGCUGCGAGCCGUCCUCAUGGCCGGAAUGGCUGGCUUGCUUCGGACGCCCAUGCAGGCAUGCGCUGCCCCAACAUGGCUGAAGGUGCUAGCACUGCAGGCACAGCCAUCUCGACGGCGAUAGGCAGGGGAGCACCUCCGACUGGCUGUGCACCUUCGCGUUCCCUUCCCUCAACCUUCCUUACCAUACGGGACCAAAGGACGGCCAUCAAGAUGCUUCACAAGUCGGCGACGGGGACAUGGCUGCCCGCAUGGGUUCCCCAAUCUACAGCCACCCUCUCUGUCCUCCUGAUCCUGUGCUCGGUCGUGCAAUCAUCCACGGGCGGAUAUGAUGGCUCAAUGCUCAACGGGCUUAACAUCCUGCCCUCCUACACUGACUACUUCCAACUCACCGCCGCCACGACAGGCCUCAACACCGCCUCCGUCUUCAUCGGCGGCUUCCUGGGCCCCCUCGUGGCAGGGGUGACAUCGGACCGCCUCGGCCGCCGGCCAACCAUCUUCUGGGGCUCGCUCGUCACCAUCAUCGGGAUCAUCCUCCAGACCGCCGCCCAAAACAUCGCCAUGUUCGUGGUCGGGAGGAUCAUCCUAGGAUUUGGGACUGGCGUCUCGGGCGUUGCCGCCGGCGUGUACCUGUCAGAGACCUUCCCCAGCCGGUGGAGGGCCUGGGGUGUCGGGCUGCUCAACGACUUCUACUACGUCGGCGCGCUCAUCGCUGCCGGCAUAACGCUCGGCACGGGCCAGUGGCAGUCCACCUGGGCGUGGAGGGCACCUUCGCUGUUCCAGGGUAUCUUCUCUGUCCUGUGCAUCGUCGUCCUGCCUUUCAUCCCCGAGUCGCCUCGAUGGCUCGCCUACCAGGGGCUCUUCGAGGCGUCUCGCGAGGUGUGUGCCCAAACCAACGCCAAUGGGGACCCGAAUGACCCGGUCGUCCUCGCCGUGUACAAGGAGAUCAUCGACACGCUGGCGUGGGAGAAGAAAGAAGGGAGGAGCUUGAGCCCUAUGGAGAUCGUCAAGACGCCUGCGGCUCGGAAGCGGUUCCUAAUUGGCAUGAGCCCUGGACCAUUCUCCUGCAUCGCCGGGAACAUCAUUGCGUCUUACUAUCUCGGUCCAGAACUGGACACAGCUGGCAUUACAGACACCAACGACCAAUUGAAGGCAAAUGUCGUCCUCAACGUCUGGUGCCUAGCAUGCUGCCUGGCCGGGACGCACCUCGCGGCCAAAUGGGGCCGGAAACCAACAGCCAUCCUCUCCCAAUGCCUCUUGGUAGCCUGUCUGUUCAUCAUCGGAGGCCUGUCCAAGAAGUACGCCGACAAUCCGGACGGUGCAUCCACGAGCCUCGUCUACGGCGACGUCGCGGUCAUGUUCCUGUUCCAAGGAUUUUACUCCAUCGCAUGGACACCGCUGCUUUACCUCUACCCGCCCGAGGUCAUGAACUACUCCAUCCGUGCGAACGGCGUGGCUUCCUCGUAUCUGAUGCUGAAUGUUCUAGCGCUCAUCUUCGUCUUCAUAAUGCCCAUCGGCCUGGCCAACAUCGGCUGGAAGAUGUACAUGGUCAACGCCUCGUGGGAUAUCGUCAUUGUGGCACUCAUCGCCGUCUUCUGGAUCGAGACAAAGGGUAAGACCCUGGAAGAAAUCGACGCAAUUUUUGAAGGCGAGAAACACUCCAACGUUCCUGAUGUUGAAAAGGUUCGGCGGGGUGAGGAGACUGUGAAGCUUGAGGCUGUGGAGGAGAGCUUGCCAGCAACCAAGGAGUGA